CCUUCGCCUCCCUCGGCCUGCGCUUCCGCGUCCCGCCCUGCCGGCCUGGCGUGAAGUGUUGAUUCUCAGUCCGAUGCGCUCGUUCCUCUCUUUCCCUCCUUAUCAUCACCAUCACCACCCAUCCCUCUCCACACACAUCAUCAUCAUCACGACGCACCAUGCCCGCCUCCUUUCCCCGGCUGGACCUUCCCACCCCUUCCUCCCUCUCCCACGUCCUCACCACCCUGCUCAGUCAUUCCUCCUCGUCCCUCCUGCCCCAACAGCUAGAAAGGGAUGGCCUAACAGGCGAAGAAGAGGAGGCAGUCUGUCGUCGCGUAUUGGCGCAAUGGGUUGAACAGGCGGGGGAGAGGUUGAAGCGGGGGAAUUUAAGUGUAGAGGGGGUGAGUUGGAGGGAGUGGGAGGAGAAGGAGCAAGCCCUCGCCCCUCUGGAUCACCAGCUCCUCACUCGCCUCACAAACCUAACACGCACCGUCGACGAGCUAACGGAGAGCGCCGUCCUCUCCCGUCGAGAGCUGCCAACGCGACGAGCUGAGGCGCUUAGGGCUAGGGAGGAGGUUGUGGACUCGUUGAGGGAGAGGGAGGAUGAAGGGAGGCAGAGGCAGAGAAAGGCUGGGUUUCAGGAUGCGGAAGAGGACAAGGGAAUGGUGGUGGACUUGGAAAGAAGGGAAGAGGUGGGGCAAACAUUGCAGCGCAGUUUGGAACAGGCGGAUUUGCUUGCUGAGAGCCUCCCCUCGCAAGUGGCCGCCGUACGCGAGCAACACGAUCUCGUCGUCCAGCUGAGGAGUAUGCCGCCCUAGCCCUAGCCGCGCCCUACUCUCUCACGUCACCUCACGUCACGCCACGCCACGCCUCGCCUCGCCUCGCCUCGCCUUUCUCUCCACUUUUUUGUAACAACAUGUAUUUUUCACCUCUUCUCGCUCUCAAGCCAUGCUCAUCCUCAUCGCCCUGCGCAACUCCUCGCGCUCUUCGGCAGUCAGCUCGUCCAGGUUCAGGUCGGAGCCGAACUCAUCGUCGUUGCCGUCGUCGUCUUGCGCCGCACCAUGACCUUGGCGCUCGAUUGGGUCACUCCCGCUGCCAGACCCAAGAUUCCCCUCCUCAGCUGCCAGAGCGGCAAGAUCGUCUGCGUCGUUGAGAUUGUCGAGUGGGAGAUGAUCCUCCGCCUCGCCUCGGACAUCGCCUUGAGCAGGAGGCUUCGGAUUGACCACCCCAUUGCCCGCGUCCCGCU